AUGUGCGUUCCUCACACCAUGCCCCAACUGCAGCAGACCAAGCUUACAUUUGCUCUCGCAGCCCCUCUGCCGCUUUUUUCCACUCGAUGGCGCCCCCCCCGCCAGUCCCGAUAUUACCGCUAUCGCCUCAUGUCACGCUCUGUCGCUGUCGCAGCAACUGACACUCCUCUCGCCGACGAUCCACCCGGACCGACUUUCGCACCACCGCCACCGCAGACUUCAUCAAAUGAAAAGGAUUCACUCCUGAUUGACCCAGAUGAUCGUGAGUUUGUCGAAUGGGCAUCUACGGCUGAGCGCGACGUCCCUACCGAGCUUCCCGAUGAGGCAGAUGAAGACAUCAUUGACUUGGUUACCAUCGAUGAUGGGCCAGCCCCACCCAUUCUCGAGGAUGAACAGGACAACGAGGAAGUCGAGCUUGAAAUUGUCGGCGAAAAUGUAGAUGACGAAGACGACGACACUGAUGAUGAUGAAGAUGGUGAUGAAGAGGAAGACGAAGACGAAGAGCUCGCUGCUCAGGCUGAUGCAGAGGACUAUGAGGAUGAUAUUCCGAUUGCAACUCUCUCAAAGCGCGGAGGAAGGAUCUCCACCGGCUCCCGCAUGUCUGGACCGCUCGCAGCUGUCGAUGUUGACGACAACGAUGACAUCGAUGACGCUGACGAGAUUCUUGAGACAAUUGAUGAUGAUAUUCCUCCCAUUUUUGACGGCCCUGCUGCACUGGAAGAAGAAGUCCGUCCAGCUAUUGAUGGCGUUGACGAAGAACUUUUUGUGGAAGUUGAUGAAGAAUCCGAAGAAGACAUCCGAAGCGCUGCCGAUAUUCUCUCCAACAGCGGCCUCUUGGGCCUUGGAGUCGAAGGCGGAAAGCGUGCAGAUAUGUCUGAAGUAACAUCCUUCGCCAUGGGAGGUGUAGAGGGCCCAGCUCGUCCUCCGGCUCUUGCGCAGCCUGAGCAAUAUGACGAUGAGGUCGCUUUGCUUGAUGUUGACGACGAGGAUUUAGACGAAGAGGAAGAACAGAAAGAGGAGUUACGAAAGGAAAAGCAGAGUUUAGAGAGUUACAUGGACGCAGACAGCGAAGAAGAUGAUGACGACGAUAUUCCUCUAACCUCCAAGUCGAGUUCCGGUAGAAUAUGGGAACUCAAUGAUGACAACUACGUAACUAUUACUGAGCCAGGACAAGCAUACGCGUAUGAAUUAGAUGAAGAGGACGAAGAGGACCAAGAGAUGUCCACCAUGCGGAGAGGUAAGCAAGGGGGCUGGAGCGGUGGCCUGGCGUCGUAUUCGGCUCGAGAUAUGCCGGAAGGCUCACCGGAGUGGGUUGCGCGACGUGCAUACGAACUGGUCGCCGAGUCCAACCAAGUCGAAAUGUUCCAGUGGACUCGGCGUCACAGAGGCCCUCCCCCCAUAAUCGACAAACUGUAUCCAGCGGACCCGCCUCCGCCGCCGCGGAUACCGAGAACGAGGCUUCAGUUUUCUACUCCUGACAUUGAUGCGAGCAUUGUGGGCACGGACUCAUCAUCUGUAGAAGAUGAACAGGGAAGAAAGCGAACACCUGCCCCGGAAAAAGUGGAAGGAAGCCACGCACUCGACAGGGCUGUGAAUUUUCCUUGCCAAUACAAAUUUAAGGUUGAAGGUAGUGGAGACGAUCUCAUAGAUGCACUUAUCGCGGAUACUGAAAAGAUUCUGGGAAGACCCGUCCCGGAUUCCGCCGUACAUGUUCAACCUGCAGGUAGGUACAAGAGGGUGGAAAUAAUGGUGGAGGUGACAAGCGCACGGCAAGUAACAAACUUGUACGAUACAUUGCGGAAUAACUCAGGGGUCAAGUACAGUUUCGGGUAAUGCGCAUAUUUACUGACUAAGGGUGAGACAGGAUUGCUGCCUGUAGGUGGUUUCGGACCAUAUAUUAUCAAGUGUCUAUAUCGAGCUGAAAACAAAACUUGUCUCU